UUCCUCAUUCGUCACUCACACUGCGAACGACGCGGAUUUGCGAGCGAACGAUAAAGAAAAGUAUUUGGCAACUGCUUUCUGAUAUUUUUUUCAUAUUUUUUCUGUGAGUGAUCUAAAUUUCUAAUACAAUUUGCAACAAAAUUUCAACGAAGUUCAAUGAGUUGAAGUGCAAUAACUCAAGGAAGCAGUUGUGGAAGUCGCAGCCCAAGAAGAAAAUGUGUGUGUGCCAUUGCUAAGAAGGGGAGAAGUAACAAGGAAGAAGAGAAGUGAAGAAUUGAAUUGAAGUGUGUUUAUGUGUGUGAGGGAAGGUGCAGGGGGUCAAAAGUGUCGAGUAUCGAAACGAAGCAAAGAAUGUCAAAUGCAGAUAGAAAGUGAUAAUUGUAAAUAUAGCGAAUGAGGUUAAAACUUUUGUAGAUUCACAUCAUCAAGUUACGCACUGCCAUUACUACUAGAGAUCUUAGCGGUAUAAAAUACAUAUAGCGUAUUCGAUUAGUCCUGCAACAAAUACAAAAGCAGCUACUGGCAACAGCACAGUCUGCGUCCACAAUAAAAUUAAAAUAAAUAGUAAUUACUAUAUAUAAAUAUAUAUUUAAGAUCUUGCAAUCCACAUUGGGUUGCAUUGUUGUUACAACAAAAAAUUAAACGCAACGAGUGAAGCAUACAAAAUUACAGUUUGUAAGUUUACCAACCACACACUUUCGAGGUUACGAGCGCAUUAAGGUACACCAAGCACAAUAUGUCAAAUAACUAUCAACACCACAACAAUUACCGCGGCUCAAGCACUUCACAAAUGAAUGGACUACGGCCACAUCACCUGCAGAACGGUGAUUGUGGCGAUGAUGGUGAUUGCUUUCGUCGCGGUGGUGGUGCAAAUCGUCUGACAAAUGGCUAUAGUGUGAAGCCAUUGGACAAUGUCGCAGUGCCGGACAUGUGUAUAUUUUGUUUUGAGGUGCUUGAUAGUGAGCUGAACAAUGUCGAAGCACCUGGUACACCCAAAUUCACAAAUGAUGCUUAUCCAUUAUUUGUAACUUGGAAAACAGGGCGUGAUAAGCGUUUACGCGGUUGUAUUGGCACAUUCAGUGCCAUGCACUUGCACAAUGGACUUCGUGAAUAUGCAUUAACUAGUGCUUUAAAGGAUUCGCGCUUUGCGCCCAUCGCUAGAGAUGAGCUACCCAAAUUGACUGUGUCUGUGUCGAUUUUGCAAAAUUUCGAAGAAGCACACGGGUAUCUCGAUUGGACAUUAGGCGUACAUGGCAUACGUAUUGAAUUUUUGAAUGAACGUGGUUACAAAAGGACUGCUACUUAUUUGCCACAAGUGGCUACUGAACAAGGUUGGGAUCAAACCCAAACCAUUGACUCUCUACUCAGGAAGGGGGGCUAUCGUGCAGCAAUCACCCCGGAAACACGAAAAUCAAUCAAGUUGACGCGUUAUCGUUCCCAAGAAAUUCAAAUGAAUUAUAAGGAAUAUCGUGAGGUGUUGGAACGUCGGGCGCAAUAUGGCAAAGUGCAAUGCUAACAAACACCGAAAAUGCGUUUAAAUCAACACCAACAAAUUUUAAUGCAGCAACAGAAACAAUUUCAGUUACAACAACAAAAACA